ACCGGGCACUGCACACACAGCUCCAGGCAUUGGGCACCGGGCACUGCACACACAGCUCCAGGCAUUGGGCACCGGGCACCGCACCAGGCACCUGGCACCGCACCACACACGGCACCGAGCAUUGGCCACCGAGCACCGCACACACCACACACAGCGCCGGGCACCACAUCAGGCGCCGCACCGCGCCGGGUCGUCUCUGUCCUGCUCCCAGCGGGUCCCGCUCCGUGCUCAGGAGUGCCACAGUAAGAGAAAGACAUGAAGUAUCUGUAAAGGAAUUCUGCUUUUGAUCAAGCUGCUAAAAAUGGAUAUGGACAUUAUUUUCUCCUUUGAGUUUUUGAUAAAUGGACAUUGACAUGGACUACGAAAGACCCAACGUUGAAACUAUCAAGUGUGUGGUGGUUGGAGAUAAUGCAGUGGGAAAGACCCGUCUGAUCUGUGCAAGAGCCUGCAACACAACCUUGACUCAGUAUCAGCUGCUGGCAACUCACGUUCCAACUGUCUGGGCCAUUGAUCAGUACCGUGUCUGCCAAGAGGUCCUUGAACGCUCAAGAGAUGUUGUGGAUGAAGUGAGUGUUUCUCUCAGGCUGUGGGAUACAUUUGGGGACCACCACAAAGACAGGCGCUUUGCUUAUGGAAGGUCCGAUGUGGUUGUUCUGUGCUUUUCCAUUGCUAAUCCUAAUUCCCUGAAUCAUGUGAAAACGAUGUGGUAUCAAGAAAUCAAGCACUUCUGUCCCCGCACACCUGUCAUUCUGGUGGGCUGCCAGCUCGAUCUCCGCUAUGCAGACCUGGAGGCUGUGAACAGAGCCAGGCGGCCUCUGGCAAGGCCGAUAAAAAGGGGAGACAUUUUGCCCCCAGAAAGAGGCAGAGAGGUUGCCAAGGAACUUGGGAUACCAUACUAUGAAACCAGUGUAUUUGACCAGUUUGGGAUUAAAGAUGUUUUUGACAAUGCAAUUAGAGCUGCCCUGAUCUCCAGGAGACACCUGCAGUUCUGGAAAUCUCAUUUGAAGAAGGUCCAAAAACCUUUGCUUCAGGCUCCAUUCCUACCUCCGAAAGCCCCUCCUCCGGUUAUCAAAAUUCCUGAGUGUCCCGUGCCGAGCGUGAAUGAAGCUGGAUAUUUAUUGGACAGCCCACUGUGUGCAGAUGUCAUGUUUGUUCUCCAGGAGCAGGACUGCAUUUUUGCUCACAAGAUUUACCUAGCUACCUCCUCUUCAAAGUUUUAUGACCUUUUCUUAAUGGAAUGUGAGGGAAGUCUGGACUUGGAUGAAACACAGUGUAAUAAAGAAAACACAAAUAAGGAUGUUCAGACAAGUCACCCUGAGACAAACAGUGACAGUAAUGAGAAUUCCUUGAAAACUGCUGAUGUUAAAAUUCCCCCACCAGAAAGCAGUGACUCUUUAAACGUGCUAGAACCUGAAUCUGGUGAAACAAACUCUGCAGCAAGAUCUCUGUCAUCCUGGGGUAAGGGGUUUGUUAGUGUGCACAAGGAAAUGCAAGUGAAUCCCGUCUCCAAUCGGACAUGUCCUGUAACUGUGGUAAAAAUGGAUUCAUCUGUGCAGGCCGGACCUUUUAAAACUGUUUUGCAGUUUUUAUACACAGGCCAACUGGAUGAAAAUGAAAAAGACCUCACAAGACUUGCUCAGAUUGCUGAAAUCUUGGAAGUAUUUGAUUUGCGGAUGAUGGUGGAGAAUAUUAUGAAUAAAGAAGCCUUCAUGAAUCAAGAGAUUACUAAAGCAUUUCAUGUCAGAAAAGCUAAUCGGAUAAAAGAGUGCCUUUGCAAAGGGACGUUUUCUGAUGUGACAUUUAAAUUGGAUGAUGGAAGCAUAAAGGCCCACAAGCCACUGCUGAUCUGUAGCUGUGAAUGGAUGUCUGCUAUGUUUGGAGGAUCAUUUAUUGAAAGCUCCAACAGUGAGGUAGUUCUUCCCAACAUAAACAAGGCUUCCAUGCAAGCGGUUUUAGAUUACUUGUAUACCAAGCAACUGUCCUCCAGUCAGGAACUGGACACACUUGAGUUAAUUGCAUUGGCAAAUAGAUUUUGCCUUCCUCACCUGAUUGCUCUCGCAGAACAGCAUGCAGUACAAGAGCUGACAAAAGCCUCCAUGAGCGGCGUUGCAAUAGAUGGAGAAGUGCUCUCCUAUUUGGAAUUGGCACAGUUUCACAACGCUAACCAGCUGGCAGCUUGGUGCUUGCACUACAUCUGCACCAACUACAACAGCGUUUGCUCCAAAUUCCGCAAGGAAAUCAAAGCUAAAUCUGCAGAUAAUCAAGAAUACUUCGAGAGGCAUCGGUGGCCGCCUGUGUGGUAUUUAAAGGAAGAAGAUCACUACCAGAGGGUGAAAAAGGAAAGAGAAAAGGAAGAUGUUGCACUGAACAAACAUCAUUCAAAGCGGAAGUGGUGCUUCUGGAAUUCCUCUGCUGUAGUUGCCUGAACAAAGCAAAUGAGUGGAAAUCCAUAGACAGAAAUUAUUCUUAUUUGUUGGAAAUAAGAUGUAGUUCAGGUUUUCAGGAAACUGUGUUCCAAGUGUGCAUUUAUUACUGCUAGGGUCAAAAGCACAAGCUCACUGAAAGUGAGCCUGGAACAGCUCCUCGAAGUCACAUGUAUAUUUUUGACUGGUAAGCAGAUAAAUGUCGAUCAUUGUUACGUUUCUUUUUAUACAAAAAAAAAACCAAAUCCAGCAUUAAUGUUUCAGUCUCCAGUUGGGAAAUAUUUUUAUACUGUCUGGUGUAUUUUGUUCAGAUAAAAUUCUGGAUACUGUUUUAUUUUACAGACCACAAAAUAACCAUGUAGCAGCUUUGUAAUUAGAUUUUAACUAUUUUUACUAUGCGAGCACAGUGAAAUAGACAAUCUUCAGUCAUAAGAGACUGCUUUUAGAGUAUCUCAUAAAAAGUCAUCUUAGGAAAAAAAUCUAGUUCCUACUAUAGGUUGUCUUUUUUAAACUAAGUACUGUGCACUGGUAAUAUAAUUAGAUGGUUAUUUCCCCUUUCUAAAGUAAAGGGUUAGAAUAAGAUCCAAUAACUGCAAGAUAUAGAGUGCUUGAUCUUUGCUCAGCUGAAUAAUAGGCAGUAUAAUUACCUGUUCAACUGCUGGCAAAUGUAUUUCUACAUUUUUCUAAUAUUUGCCAUGUAAGUGCAAAUAAUUAUGACUAUGUGGGCCAUGUGAAAUCUAGUGAUUCUAAGUAUUCAGAGGUUUUAUAUGUCUAGAUCAAAGAGGAUAUUUCUAAAAUCAUUUAGAAGGGCUUAUUAAUUUAUAUCCUUAUACAAGUAUGGAUCUGAAUGCAAAAAGCAGUCACACUGCUUGCAUUUGAAUUACUGCAUGGCAGUUACCUUGUUCUGCAGGAUCUUAAAACCAUGCAGCCAUUUUUCAUCCUGAAUUCCCUUUUGCUUCAGUGCAAGCAAAUAAAGGGCUGCAAAACCAAGUAGAUGUCAUCUAGUGUUACAGCAUUUUGUAAGUGAAGAAGGGUCUUCACAUACAAGAUUACUUCAGUUUGAUCCAAACUGUUUUAUAGCUUUUCCCAGGUAGAACUCAAAAUUUUAGGUUAUUUUUAAGUAGAUAAUGUAUUUCCCCUGGAAGCAAAUUCCCAGAACGCUGGGGGGCAAACUGUUGGCAGAAGGGCAGGAAUUCUGCUCAACUGGUGCAAGAAAUGAAAAAGCUUCCAGUGUUUUCAAAUAGCCUGUGUGUUUAUGACUUUUUGUCAACCAUUACUCUAAAGCUGCAGUGUUACACUAGAUUAUGUAAGGAUGAGAGCAUUUCUUUAAAAGACCAAAACUGAAAUACAUAGACUGUAGAACAUACACAUGCAAUCCUGUGCAGUGUCUCAGGCACAACUCUGUAACCAAGGUAGUAUUGUGUGUUAGGUUCCUUAAUACUGUUUUGUGCUGGCAGCUCAGCACACCAGUGUGAAAAGCUGUUUGUUUGUUUAUUUGUGGGUUUUUUUCUGUAUCCAAAGGCAAGGCAGUACAGUCACACCCCAGCACUGUAGGUCAGGAAAGGCUUUGGCCUGAAAGCCAUAUACACCUCUGCAUAUUUGCGCUCUGAACGGACUAACUCUUGGCAGGUGCUACCACAGGAUGGUAGAAGCCACCCAGCACGAAAGAGAUGCUGCUCUACAAACCUCUGUAAGGAAAGCCAAGUGAGAGAUUCCUACCCCUUUAAGAUUCAUCACUGUAUGGUGAUAAAGAAGGGCUACAAAUGAUGGUUGCAAAUAUGUCUCCUUAAUUCUCGAUCAGUGACAAUGUGUAGUGUGGAGGAGAAGACGUGUCAAGACCAAGAUGAGAUCAAUAGCUGUUGUCAUAAAAUGUUAAGCAGUCACAUUUUAAGUAAGUAUUGCUAUAGGUUUUACACAACCAAAGCUACUGUAUGAUUGUAAUCUUGCCAAACUGUAAUGGAUAUAUAAAUGAACCUGAGGUAUAUGCAAUAAUAUCCAGUUAUUCUAGUUAUCAGCUACUAUAACCAAGUGGCUGGUUCAUUUGGUUAAUGCUGUCUAUGGCCUUUAAUCUUGGUGGUUAUUUUGUGUUUUUUAUUUUGGAAAAAAAAAGUCAAUAAAACUGUUUAGUUACAAA